UGCGCCGAGGAGUCGGGAAAGGAGAUUUGGGGAAAAAAAAUACCUCAGAAGUCGGCAGUGGAAGUCAUCAUCUGGCUUUUGAAUGCUGGGUUUUUUUGUGAACAGCUCGUCAUGCGUGGCUACACUACACACAGUAAUCUUAUCCCGGGUUGACCGGCCUAGUGAUUUUUCCAGUAUAUUUCUUCAUACGGUGUGGUUUAACAUUAGGUCCACCGCUAGUGAGGCUCACAUCACUAGUAGCUGCAGGACACACACACACACACACACACACACUGGUGAGAGUGGUUUACGUUGUUAGCAAGCACCCCAGCCAUCCAGGUAGCUGACGGUAAAUGAAACCAUAUCUGAGGGAAGCUACUCCGGGGCCCGAGGCGACCACAACGCAGCGACUGUUCAACAAGCUACCAUAACACUAAGGGCUAACUUCGCCUCCUGGUCAGGAAACCACCGCCAGCUCGGCGCGGCUGCAGUGGACUUGCAUCAGAUGAAGGAGAAAUCCACUGCAGUCAGAUGAUUUUGAAACUUCAGCCGUUAUGUCUUCUGUGAAACUUGUGCUUCUGUGAAUGUGGCAGCCAUGGCUUCUCGCAAGGUACAUGAGCUACCAAGUGACACCAAGGAGUCACCUUCAGCCGCUCAACAGCUUCCCCGGUGUGGCCCUGAUGACAUUGUGGAGGAGCUUCAGCCAGAUACGACAAAUGUGACAGUGAAACCUCAAAAAUCUGGAAAAUUCAGGAGGACUGCCCUGACAUUUUUUGGAGUUCGUAAGAGUAUCUGUAUUUUACCAAGUUUCUUUGGAGGCAGGAGUAAAAAUCAGAACAAGUGGUCUUCUAAGAAAGGAAUCAGUAAAAGCAGAACACAUGAUGGGUUAAGUAAAGUUAGUCAUGAUGACAAUCUAAGAAGCGGGUUUGCCUCAGCUGGAGAUUUUGAGUACCACAGCCAGAGGGACGCUGCUGGAGAUCUCCACAGCAGCUGUCACAAUGAAUGUAGUCAUACCACUGCCGACCAGAAAUCACUGACUCUUGGGCGUCAGAGAAGGGGCCUGCGAAGUUUUUUUCACAGUUUUAAACAUCACAGAAACCAUAGAAAUGAUGGAUUGGAUAAAACUGAAAUGAUUGCAAUGUCUUCUCCUCCCUGCAAGAAAGAGGUGCCUGUUGUCCAGGACAACGCCCACAAGUUUGUCACAGAGUGCCUGGGAUCUGAACCAGAUGUGCCUGAUUUUGCAGAUGUUAUAUCCGAUAUUUUCACUGGUCCUGAAUGUAGUGAAGCAAUGGCACUAGAGAAGAGCUUGGAGAAAGAAAGCCCAGUAUCUGAGCUUGGAGAUCAGGUGUGUGACGGUCAACUGGAGGAAAUGAAGUUGAUGGCUAUGGUUUCCAGGGACUGUGAGGAGAUGCCUAGAGGUCUCAGCGAGCCUUGCCUAAAACUUCACUCGACGUCUGAGCCUGCAUUGAAGCCUGAAACUCCUACCGGCUCUUCGGAUCAGCUGAACCUGAUUUUUGGAGACGUUGCCUCAUUAAAGAGCUUCGAUUCACUCACUGGCUGUGGGGAUAUUAUUGCAGAUCAAGAAGAUGACAGCAUCACAGAGAGCACAGUUUCUGGUGAGAGGAGCAGAAAUGGAGGAAAGAGGGCCUCUUGUUAUCUUACCUAUCAGGGUGGCGGGGAAGAAAUGGCAUCACCAGAAGAUUUGGAUGAAUCGUGUCUUCAUGACUUUUGGGGAAAUACUGCUUCAGAGGAAAUGUGCUGCACUUGCAAUCCAGACCACACAGACGUAACUGCCGAGCUGACUAGUUCCCACAAUAUGGACUUGCUGAACAGCAGCAGUGCACAGCAGGCUGGUGGCAUAGACACUUCCUCAAUUGCUGAUGUCUUAACUCCUCAAAGUGAACAUCAAGAGUCAGUUCCAAACAGUGAUGAGGGAUACUAUGAUUCAAAUACCCCUGCGCCAGAAGAAGGGCAAGAAAAAUCUGACAGAUUAAGAAGCAGUAGAUUACCCAGGGACAGUUACAGUGGCGAUGCCCUCUAUGAACUUUUUGCACCUGAUGAGAGUCUCAUCAGUCCACAUUAUGAAAACAAAUCAAAGCUACCCACUUCUAAGCAGUGUGACUAUUUAAGUGAGGCACCAGAUGUGACAGAUUCUGCCUUUGUUCCAGAAAUGAGCAGAUUGCAAAUAAGUCCUGAACUGUACGAAGUUCAUGAUUUUCUAGAGAUGCCAAGCACAUGCAGUAAAUCCCCAGAGUCGGCGCAAAAUACAGUUGGCCGCCAAGAUCUCGGAGUCAAUAAAAAUUGUAAUUUGAUUUCAAAACCCCAAGCAUCAAUCAAUAAGAACAAUUUAGAACUGGAUAUAUUUAACAAAAAGGGAAAUGUGCUCUCUUCCACGGAAAAAAGAACAAAAUCCAAUGGUUUAUCGUGCAGUAGCACAUCUGACCCAGACUUUGAAACGUUUUGUGAAUCCAAAGAUCUUGAGGAAAACAAGCCCGUGGCUCUACCAUACAGAAAUAUCAAUUCUCAGUCUGAAGAUUGCAACGACUUGGAUGAUGGGCAAACUGUGUGUUUCUCACAGGCGCUUGUGGACUACACAAAACACGCUCAAAUGCUGAGUAACUUGCACAACAACUCGGACGGUUUGGAGACGAACUCUGCCUUCACUCCAAGCAUGGAGGCCUUACCCACCAUAGUCACAUUUGAUGUAGUGGAUAUGCAUAAUGAGGGCCAAUACGAUGAGCAGAUUCACAUGGAACUGGAGGAGGACAUUUCUUCACCAUAUCAGGAGUUUGAAGAAAGCUACCUACAAAAAGAUGCAUUUGCUGACUGUGAUUAUCAAAUGUUAGACCUUUAUGAACAGAAUCUGAUCAGUAAUACAUGGGCCGUUACUAGUCUCCCACGGCACCUAGGCCUUACAAGGGUUGGGCAGUCCGUGCCGAGCGCAUUGUCCCUAGACAGGAGAAGUAGGUCUCUGGAUAGAGAAAGCCUUGAGUUGAAGACACCUGAAAAUUGCAGAGAGAACCGGGCUACUAACAUUUCCUGUCCACAAACUGAUUCCUCACCAUAUUAUAAACCGAAUGUAGCCAUGUCGGCAUCUGAAGUUAGAGAUGGUAACAGCAUUAUGGCCUUAUCAUGGCAAACAAGGUCAGAAAUGGCUUUAAGUCUUCCUCAUACAGACGGGGAGAUCAAUCAAAAGCUCCAGAGCCUCAAUCAGACCCAAGUAAAACGCAAAAUAUUUUCUAGCUCAUCCAACAGUGAUUUUUCAAACAGUAAAGCCCCAUGUGCUUGCUCCAAUGUUUCAGACAGAUCAUGCUGUGAUUUCGUUUCACAGAACACAGAGCUUUACAAUCGGCAGUGUCAUCUUCCUCUGCAGUCGGAUUCUUGUUUACCUCAUGGCACCUUUGUUUACUCUGGAAGGAUGGACAAGGUAUCCGAUGAUAUUGAUGAUGAUGAUUUUUGUAAGCCUGCUACUAAUUUGCAAUCUUAUAAUCAAGGGAGACCAGUGGCUAGUGGGGAAGGUAUGUCCCAGACAGGGAGUCCUCUGAAUACAGGUGUGUCUAAAGAAGAAAUCCCCCCCAGGGAUGUGGCUUUCCCCGUGGCCUGCAACAAUCUUCCUGAGGCAAACUUUAACUGAGAAUCUUUCAGUCUACGUUUAAGAUCAAAUAUACACGUGCCAAUGAGUGCUUUUAUGUUUAUCCAAAGGAGUAAUUGUUGCAAAAUGCACAGCAGAUUCCUUUGAAAAUUGUUGUACACUGUGAUGAACAGAAAGAGGAACUGACUUUUGAAAUGUGGAGUGUGACAUACUGCGUCAGAUGUUCUGCGUUUGCACAUUAACAGUUGCUUUUUUGUACUUAACACAUCCGCAUAAAUUUGUCCACUGAUGGUAUUCAGGGGAGUAAUUGUUUCAUAUGCUUUGGGAAUGUUCACAGAUUUCAUCUCAUUAAGCUAUUAAUGUACUAGAAUGUUUAUACCCAUGUGUAGCCUCAGUCUCCAGGUAAUGACACACUUUAUUGGGUGGGUUUUCAUCAGCCUGGUUUCCAUUGUAAAGCUAAACACGGCUGACCAAGUCCUGUUUUGCCAGUUGCCUCCAAACACAUGAAUGCUUAUGCUUUAAAUAUCAGCUUAUGUUUGUGUUUGAGACCUCUUCACAGCCUCUUUGCCUAACUAAGGUUUACUUUAUCCUAUUGUGACAUUGAAAUUUAAUCUUUCAUUUCUUUAGCCUACUCUUUUGACUUCACCUCAAGAACAGUUCUUCCCCUGAACUCAGAACAGGAUUAUCAGGAAUAGAAAAUAUACAGAUGGACUGAUAGUUCUUGCAUGUCAACUUUAGCUGCCAUUUCAUUUACAUACUGUAGAUAGCUUUGCAAGGCAAAGCUGAUGUAUUUCCUUAGAACACUGCAAAUUUAGAUAGCCGGUUGUACGUAAGACACUGAAGAAAUAGUCUAAAAGUAGUAAAGAGUUCAGGAACCAAAAAAGCUGAAGUACUGGAUAGUCUCAGAAGUGUGUUUGAUGAGCAAAACAGACUUUAUUCUAUCCCAUUUCUGAACAGCUUGACUUUCUGUGAUGUGCAAACCUAUCAAAAUGUAUGCACUACAUAAUUGCAUUACUGUAAGCUAGUGGAACGAACAAGUUGUUUGAUUUUGUUUGGAUUUAAAAUGAAAAUGUCGAAAGAUGAACUAGUACUUUCACUAUGUCAUUUUCUUGUGAUUAUGUCAGUCAAAGCUUAAUCAGAUGUCAGAUGAUGUAGUUUUUUAUAGUGUAAUAUUGAACAAACGUCAAAGAAUUUGUAUUUAUAUUCUCAGCUAUUUGUAUUCCGAACUGAUAUUCUGAAUGGUCUCUAUUCUUUUUCAGUUCUGUUUUUUUUUUUUUUUUUGGUAUUUUUAUUUUUAGAGUUACAUACGUGUUACACUUGGGGAUUCUUCUUGAGAAUCUCUUACCGUUUUGUCAGAGUAGAAUGCCGCCUUACACAAAAAAUAAACAUGACGAAGUAACGUUGA